AUGGAGAGUGAGCUAGCGGCGAUCCGCACCGCACUUGCGGCGGUGACAACAGCAAUGAAGGAUCUACCCACGACGCUGGGGACGAUGGUCGAGAAGGCGGUAGGGAAGUCUGUCGGCAUUGAUGUAGAUUCCGGCGAUGCUAGGCCGGAGCGUGAACCUAGGGAAAAGACUCCGGAAUCGGUGGGUCUGAGGGAGUCUGGAUCGGAUCAACCGGUGCUGCAAGGAGAGGCUCUCAACGAAUUUCGCCAAUCGGUCAAGAAAGUUGAACUUCCGAUGUUCGAUGGGAAAGACCUGGCGGGGUGGAUCUCUCGCGCGGAGAUCUAUUUCAAGGUGCAAGAAACUUCACCGGAAGUCAAGGUGAGUUUAGCUCAGCUGAGCAUGGAGGGUGGAACCAUACAUUUUUACAACUCACUCCUUGCAACUGAGGAGGAGCUGACCUGGGAACGGUUUCGCGACGCACUGUUGGAGCGUUAUGGUGGGAAUGGCGACGGCGACGUCUACGAACAACUUUCGGAGCUCCGUCAGCAAGGAACCGUUGAAGAGUAUAUCACGGAUUUUGAGUACCUCACUGCUCAGAUUCCCAAGCUUCCAGAGAAACAAUACCAAGGGUAUUUCCUGCAUGGGUUGAAGGAGGAAAUCAGGGGCAAGGUGCGCAGCUUGGUAGCCAUGGGCGGUGUGAACCGAGCUCGUCUUUUGGUGGUGACGCGUGCAGUAGAGAAGGAGGUGAAAGGAGAUGGGGUUGCGGGUCAGGCCAGAGCAAACCGCUUUGGGGGAAACGGAUCCAGAUCCGGGUUCAGUGGAGCAACCAAGGGCAAUGGUACGGAGUGGAUAUGGGUCAAGGGGAAUAAGGAAACGGGCCAAACUGUCAACAGGCCAAACUCAAAUCCUCGAGGCGACCAAACAAAAAACACAGGAGACAUUCGACGAGCUGGGCCAAGGGAUCGAGGCUUUAAUCAUUUGUCUUAUCCUCAGUUGAUGGAGCGUAGGCAAAAAGGGUUAUGUUUUAAGUGUGGUGGGCCGUAUCACCGAAAUCAUGUGUGCCCCGAUAAGCAUCUCCGACUACUCAUUCUCGAGGAAGACGGUGAAGAGCUUGAUGAGAGCAAGAUGCUGGCAAUGGAAGUUAACGAAGACGAGGAAGAGACACAAGGAGAGCUCAGCUUGAUGAGCUUAUGUGAGUUGGGCAUGAAAACCGGAGGAAUUCCGCGGACGAUGAAGCUCAGAGGAACCAUUAACGGAGUACCGGUGGUCGUGCUUGAGGACAGCGGUGCUACCCACAACUUCGUGGAUUGUUUUCUGGUACGCCGGUUAGGUUGGGAAGUGGUGGACACCCCACGUAUGACGGUGAAGUUGGGCGAUGGGUACAAAUCCCAAGCUCAGGGGCGUUGUGCAGGUUUGAAGAUCGAGAUGGGGGAGUAUCAUCUUCGUUGUUCCCCGCAGUUGUUUGAUCUUGGAGGACCUGACAUUGUGUUGGGAAUAGAGUGGCUCAAGACUCUGGGGGAUACCAUAGUGAAUUGGGACACCCAAUUGAUGAGUUUCUGGAGCGACAAGAAGUGGAUCACCUUGCAGGGGAUGGAUACUCGAGGGGAACAUAUGGAGGCCUUGCAGAGCAUUACUGCUACCGGUGAGAGGAAACCGGGCCUGUUAGGAACCCGGAAUGAAGAGAAGGCUGGCAAGCAGUUACCUGGAGAAAUCAAUUCGUCACAAUUGGAAGAAUUGGACAAACUACUGUACAGAUUUGAUGUGGUCUUUCAGGAAAAACAGGGUCUACCUCCGGGAAGAGGAAGGGAGCAUUGUAUCACCAUCCAGGAAGGAAAAGGGCCUGUGAAUGUGAGACCUUAUCGAUACCCACACCACCAUAAAAAUGAAAUUGAGAAGCAAGUAAGAGAAAUGUUGUCUGCUGGAAUCAUUAGGCAAAGUACAAGUGCCUAUUCUAGUCCUGUAAUCUUAGUAAAGAAGAAGGAUCAGACAUGGUGA